CUCUUUUAGAAAGGAAGUUGCCCCACCUUUUUGUACAACACACAGGUUAGCAGCACAUUUAUUUUAUUUGCAGCGUGCUGAAGAUGGCUCUUUGUGUAACGAAAGUCCAGCUGUCCAUAUCCUGUACAGAUUUACUGGACAAGGAUGUUGGAUCAAAGUCUGAUCCUCUGUGUGUGGUUUUCCAAAGCGUAGGAGAUGGGAAGUGGGCAGAGCUGUCUCGAACUGAGAGGAUCAAGAACUGCCAAAGCCCAGAGUUCUCAACAAAACCAAUAAUUGAUUACUAUUUUGAGAAGGUGCAGAGUAUAAAAUUUGGAAUAUACGACAUAGACAAUAAAUCUUUGGAUCUGAGUGAUGAUGAUUAUCUAGGUGGUUUUGAGUGCACCCUUGGACAGAUUGUGUCGAAUCGCAACCUGAAAGGACCGUUAGAAUUGAAGAAAGGGAAGCUUGCUGGAAAAGGAAUGAUUUCUAUCACUGCCGAAGAAAUUAAGGACACCAGGGUUGUGAACUUGGAAGUGGAUGCCAGGAAUCUAGACAAAAAGGUAGAAUUGUCUGUAAAAUGCUUAUCCAUCUAUGUCCCUGUCUGAUUAGCAUAGGAAUAC